AUGGAAGAAAUUACCUCGAGUCCGCUGUCUAAUGUGACGGCGUCCCCGCUGUCAAGUCUCUCCAAAACCCCGUCUCUGCCCAGCUCGCCCGAUGUGCAACCAGACGCCGGCGUCCGAUAUCCCUCGCCAACCUCGACAUCGACGUCGGGAACGCAAUCACCCAUCAAGUUGGGCGACCCCGUCGACGACAGCCCGCGCCCUGCCAAGAAGAGACGCAUCACGCCGCCCCGCGAGCGCAUCACCGCCUACCUCGACUUGAUGAAGUCACACGACGACUUCAGCCACGAGGACAAUUUCCACAUGGAGAGGCUGCUCAGUGCCCUGCGCAAGAAGAAAAAGAUUGUCGUUGUGGCCGGAGCUGGCAUUUCCGUCUCGGCUGGCAUUCCCGACUUCCGCUCCUCCACCGGACUCUUUGCCGCCCAACGCAACCAGCACAAGCUCAAGGCCUCGGGCAAGCACCUGUUUGACGCGUCCGUCUACAAACACGAGUCGUCCACCUCGUCCUUUCACACCAUGGUCCGAGAAAUGAGCGAGAUGAGCAAGAAUGCUCACCCCACGCCCUUCCACCACCUGCUGGCCUCCCUCGCUCAAGAAGGACGUUUGCUACGCCUCUAUUCACAAAAUAUUGACUGCAUCGACACGUCAAUGAAGCCUCUGCAUACCCAGAUUCCGCUCGAGCCAAAAGCCCCUUGGCCGACUACCAUUCAGCUGCACGGAAGUCUGGACAAGAUGGUGUGCACCAAGUGCGCCGAUAUUCAGCCGUUCCAGGGCGAUAUUUUCGACGGGCCCGAGGCACCGCUUUGCGAAUCCUGCAAAAACCUCGAUGAAGUGCGCACGGCUCAUGCGGGCAAGCGGAGCCAUGGAAUUGGACGCCUGAGACCGCGAUUUGUGCUGUACAAUGAGUUCAACCCCGACGAGGACGCCAUUGGCAACGUCAUGCGAGCCGACCUGAGGGCCCGGCCGGACGCAGUCCUGGUGGUAGGCACGACACUCAAAGUACCGGGGACGCGACGACUUGUGAAGCAAUUAUGCCAGGUUGCGCGAGGCCGCAAAGAUGGUCUCACCGCCUGGCUCAACAUCGACCCGGAGCCAAAGAUUCCCGAUUUCAAGGACUGCUGGGAUCUCGUCGUCAAGUCAACCUGCGACAAUAUUGCCAGAUUGGCGUCUCUGCCGCCGUGGGAUUGCGAGAUUGGAGACGACUACUUGGUAUCCAAAGAACAGGAGCGGGAAAGGCUCUCAUCGCCACCAGCCAAAUUCGAAGUCCGACUGGACGGCAAACCAACAUCCGCCGAGGACCUCCAGGCGAUCCCAACUCCACGUGCAAGCCCACCGCCGCCGCCGCCGCUGCUGCAGUCCUCGGGGAGAAAACCCUUGCCAGAAGCAAAACAGACCAAGCUCCCCUUUGGCAAUCCGAAGCCUGUCGCACUCACCAAGGCAGGCAAGAGUGCCAAACCUCGCAGCAGAAAUCCAAAGCAACCUACCAAGGCCGCGCAACCACCUCCCACAAAUCCCAUUUUGCAGGCUUUCAAAGCCUCCAAAAAUGUAUCAGAUGCCGCCUCGGCCAAGAAGCUGGGAGCUCGUUCGCCGCUGCCAGAUUGCAAGCCUUGCAAAGUAGAGCCGAACUUGGUGCUUUCGCUGCCGUCUCCUGGCCAUGAUGGCAAAACCCCGGAGAGAGUUCCUGCGGCGGGCGACCACAACCCUACUGCGUCUCCUACGACGCCGACGAUGCUGGAGCACCAACUUGGCGAGACUAUUUCGCCGAAAUCCAUUCCUAAUAACAUGCGCAACCUGAUUGAUGUCUCUUAA